AUGCAUGUCAUGGUGCUCUCCUGCUGUGUCCUGGUCUUGCUUAUUGCCGGGCUGUGUUUAUCAGCGCCCACAUUCACUCCGGAGUUAGCGAGCUCUCCUUCAACAGAACCACAGGUUGACUUGAAGCUGGCCACUGAUUAUCUUCAGCAGUACUACAACCUGCAAAUAGAGCCGAUGGGGCGCAUGAAAAGAAGCGGAGCCUCCUUCAUCUCUAAAGUGAAAGAAAUGCAGAUUUUCUUUGGCUUAAACACAUCGGGCGCUCUGGACUUUGACACCCUGGAGCUGAUGAGGAGCCCUCGAUGUGGGGUUCCAGAUGUGGAAGAGUACCACCACAUCCAGGGGACACGAUGGAACAAGAAUGUCAUCACCUACAGCAUUGGCACAUACACCAGAGAUAUGCCUCGCAGCACCGUGGAUGCCAUGGUUGACUCAGCUUUCAGCGUUUGGGCCAGAGCCAGCAGUCUGACUUUUGUCAGGACGCACUCCCGCAACGCUGACAUCAUGGUGGAGUUUGUGACCUACGACCACGGUGACUUGUAUCCAUUCGACGGACCCAGAGGAACCCUGGCCCAUGCUUUUGGUCCAGGUUUUGGUGUUGGAGGAGACACGCACUUUGAUGAUGCUGAGCACUGGACAGCUGGAGAAAAAGGUUUUAAUCUGUUUCUUGUGGCUGCACAUGAGUUUGGCCAUGCUUUGGGCUUAAAGCACUCCAGAAACCCAGAGUCACUGAUGUACCCGACCUACAGCGCUUCUCGACCAGCAAGUGGAGGCUUACUGUCCAGUGAAGAUGUGGCAAAUAUCAACGCACUGUACGGUCCAACCAGAGCUAAUUACUUGUUGAGAAACGGCUGGAGCUCCCAGCAGAUCCCCAACCUGUCAGGAUCGCUGUUCCCUCGACGAAUGCAGGACAAAUGUGACCCAGACCUAAUCUUUGAUGCAGUGUCUACACUUGGAGAUGCCACUUUUUUCUUCAGAGGAAGGUAUCUCUGGAUUAAACAUAACGAACAAUAUGACAUCAAAGAAGGCCCCAUAACCAACUUCAUGCCUAAGAUUGAAACCAGCAUUGAUGCUGCCUUUUGGGUGCCUCGCAGAUCCACAGCUUAUCUUAUUCAUGAAUCCAUGUUCUGGACAGUGAGAGGAUCUCUCAUCAAGGGAAAGCCUCGACCUCUCAGCCACUUUGGAUUUCCAGCCUGGGUCCAGGAUGUUGAUGCAGCAGUGCACAUAGUGAAAAAGGGACGUACGCUCUUCUUUAUGCAUGAUAUUUACUGGAGCUACAAUGAAAACCGAAGGGUCAUGGAUUUUGGUUACCCAAAGUACAUCAGUGAGGACUUCCCAGGAGUCAACACCACGAUAAACGCAGCUGUUCAUAAAGACGGUUUCCUUUUCUUCUUUGUUGGACCAGAAGUCUACAAAUACAACUACACCCAACGGCAUGUUGUCGGAGUUGAGAAAGCAAACUCCUGGCUUGGAUGCUGA